GAGCAACCUCCCCCCGGAAGUCCGCUGCAUCCUCCUCUGUGUUAUCCUGUGUGUUGUUGUGUGGGGGGUUGGCACUCAGACAGUCAGAUGAGGACUUCUUCUCAUCAGAUGUAGUAGAUCUCUUUUUAUUUAUAUGGCCUGAAGGUUUUCAGAGACCCCCUGGUGACGAUGCAGACCCUCACCCCUCACGUGUACUGGGCUCAGCGGCACGGGGAAGUGUUUCUGCGCGUGGAGCUGAGCGAUGCAAAGAAUCUGGACAUCAGCCUUCAAGAGAACAACAGGCUUCAAUUCAGAGCACAGGGUCACGGAGCUAAAGGAGAUAAUGAAUAUGAGUUCAGUUUGGAGUUCCUGGAAGCUGUUCAACCCGAGAUCGGUCACAGGUCCACUCAGCGUCAGGUGGACAUAAAGAUCAGGAAGCAGGAGGAGCGCUGGUGGGACCGGCUCACCCUGCAGGAGAAGAAGCCUCUGUUUCUGGCUCCAGACUUCGACCGCUGGCUGGACGAGUCUGACGCCGAGAUGGAGCUCCAGGCAAAGGAGGAGGAGAAGAUAAACAGGAUCAGUGUGGAGUCCAGAGUUCGUAAAGACCCCUAUCUGGGGGUGAAGAAAGGCUACCUGUUCAUGUACAACCUGGUGCAGUUUUUGGGAUUCUCCUGGAUCUUCGUCAACAUGACCGUCCGACUCUUCAUUCUUGGUCAAGACUCUUUCUAUGAUACCUUCCACACCACGGCUGAUAUGAUGUACUUCUGCCAGAUGAUGGCCGUGCUCGAGGUCAUUAACCCCUUACUGGGUCUGGUUAAGACUGGGUUCUUUCCUGCUAUGAUUCAGGUAGCAGGGAGGAACGUCAUCCUGUUUGUGAUCUUCGGCAGCCUGGAGGAGAUGCAGAACAAGCCCGUGGUCUUCUUCGUCUUCUACCUGUGGAGCACCAUCGAGAUCUUCAGAUACCCUUUCUACAUGCUGGCCUGCAUCGGCACAGACUGGAAACUCUUAACGUGGCUCAGAUACAGCCUCUGGAUCCCUCUGUACCCUCUGGGGGUUUUGGCUGAAGCGGUGGCAGUGAUCCAGUCUCUGCCCCUCUUCGAUGAGACUCGUCUGUUCAGCAUCCCUCUACCCGCCAUGCUGGGUCACUCGUUUAGCUUCUCCUACACUCUGCAGCUCUACCUGGUCCUCAUGUUUCUGGGACUCUUCAUAAAUUUCCGACAUCUGUACAAGCAGCGGAGGAGAAGAUACCGCUCAAAGAAAAGGAAAGUCCAGUAACUGAUCCACGUGUUUCUUACUCACAUCCUCUGAACUGCCAUCCACUUAAAGAUGACACAGCAGCUUUCUUUUCCUCUUAUUGCCUUUUCUCAUUGUCCUACACACACAUACACACACACACACACACACACACACACACACACACACACACACACACACACACACACACACACACACACACACACAGACCAAACACACACACACUGACAUGGUUCUGGAGAACUGAUCACCUCGUGAUCUUCUUGGUGAACUUUUAAAUCCUUCUGUAAUCCAGAUCAGUAAGACUGUGAGAGUUUGAUUCUCCAUUAUGUUCUUCUCCUAAAGACAGACAUAUUUAUUAAAGCCUCUUUAUUAUAUUGGGAAAACAACAGUCCAGUGUUUACUUUAGCAACAUAUGGGAGUAAUACGUUUUAGAGUUGAAAGUGAGAGUUAUAAAUGGUUCAGAGAAACUGUCUCUGCAGACAAGCCUGAAACAAGAGAUCCACCUUUUCUCUGUAAUUGUCUUUUUUAUUGUUUUUUAAAUUUAGGUCAUUGUUGGUUGUGAAAUAAUAUUGUUACUCUCAGAACUUCACAUGAAGUCUUUCUAAACUGAUGUUUUCAGAAGGUGGAAAGCUGACGUUAAUAAAUCAUGACACUUUGAUUGCUCUUGAAUCGAAGGAGAAAUGGUUUUAGAAGUCUGUUUACAAUAGCACAAAUUGUUUCACUACUAUUAACUUUAAUUCAGUUGUUUAAUGCUUUUGACCAAGAUCAAAACUAACUUCUGUGGCUUCAUUCAGGAGCAAACACUGAGAGAAAGGUGUAGAUUCAUCAGCCUUACAUUUAAAAGUCACUUGUUAUAAUUCUGGACUACCACUAGAGGGCGCACCACCAGCUUGUGACUCACAUUAUGACAUAUCAGGAACACUAGAAGAGUUAACACCAGACAGCCUGUAUGAAAGAUGUUUGAACUAAUAAAUAAGCUCCACCUUUAUCCUCAGAAACAUUUAUAUGAUAUCCUUAUAUGCAUCCAUGAGUUAUUAUCGCCUGUUUGCAGAAUGGGAAACUUUCCCCCGCCCUUUAGUUCUCCUUCUUCUUCUUCUUCUUCCACUUGUCCCAUAAUGUAACCUUCAUGUUCCGUUUUAAAACAGUGUGUUCACCUCUUAUCUCACAUGAUUCAUGUUUUUAAAUUAACCAAAGUUGACAAAUAUUGUGUGAUAUACUUGAAUUCUGAAUCCUUCAUUUGAAAGUUUUGUUACAUUUUUAACACAGUCACUCUGAGAGAGACACAUGAAGUCCCUGUUUUUAGAUCCUGUGUUCAAAGUUUAACUGUAGUGAAAAGAAGGAUUGUUAAAUCUUCACCUCCGAGCCUUUUCUGUUUUGUAUUAUUUAUUGUUGUUUACUGAAGUUGUUGCUUUGAUUGAGUCUGUUUCGGAAUAGUUUCUACUAAAGACUUUUUACAUGUGUGGAGGACAUGCAGCAUGAUUUAGACGACUUCAUGCAUUUCAAAAGUCUUUAGGUAAAUUCAGAUACUGUGGUUUUUAGUUGUGAUUAUGUUUUACUGACAAAAUAAACACUAGAGUUCCUAAUUCA